GAUAACUCUGUCGCCUAGUGACCGGGCCCGCAUUCAACGGACGGUCGCACCAGGGUGCCGCUUAGAGCAAAGGAUACGAUAUUACGGAGGAGCAAGAACAACGGGCGUCCCGCUUACCGCGUCAACGACAGCAAGACGCGGCCCUCCCGGGGCGAGUUUCCCAACUUCGUGAUCCCGAACUUUUCCCGCCCAUCCCAGUGUCCCGUGAAAGGUGCAGGACUGGAACGGGAACAGCGGAAACCGCGUCGCCUCACUCCUCGGCCAAAAGCGUGCACAGGAGACAAGGACCUGCCGACGGCUUCCCGGACGGACUGACCAAUAAUACUCCGCACGGAGAACUCACCGCGUGGCUUAAAACGGAAGCCGGAGCUCCGGGCCGACCCGACGCGCGGCUCAGCUCCCAACUUUCUGGAAGCGGCGGCUGAGAGGGAGCCGCAGGGAGUAUACUUUCCCGCCGAUCAGCUGCCGCUGCUCCGGCGAGGGAGUGCGCGCUCUUUCCCGCCAGAUUUGGGGAGCGACCGCCGCAUCCCGCUCAGGGCGCACCGGACGCCGCCGAGGGAGGGGCCGCCGCGCACACACGGAACGCGCCCGCGGGUCCCGGCGGCAGGCCAGCAUCAGACGCCGAGACAGCGCCGCGAGGAGCGCACGAAAAGGGGAGCGCAAUGCUGGUGGCGGCGCGAGCCAUGUCCCUGGUGCGUGUCGGGCUCCUGCUACUGUGGUGCGUCGCCGUGAUGCACACCACCGGCGUCACCGUCGCGACACCCAUUGUGGGAAAGCAAUACCUCAUUCAAAAUCCCAACCCAUAUUUCCGGUUAGAGCACCCAACUUCCGGGGGCGACUGCAUAUUCCAGAAGUCCGUGGAGGGUGAGUACACGUUCAUCUCGUCGGGCAACGACGCCGUGUGCGCCCUGUACGUCGUCGCGGAUCCCGAGUACGUGGUCGAGUUCGAGAUCCUGCGCUUCGAUGUCAGCUGCACCAAGGGGGGCCUACUCACGGUGUUUGACGGCUGGGAGAACAACGGCGAGUACUUUCCGAGCCAGGAGGACCAUCCAAAGCCGAUGGACCAACGAUUCGCCGAGUUCUGCGGACCCAUCAAGCCCUGGAAGCCGUUCGUCACGUCGCAGAAUGUCGGCAUCGUCCUCUUCAGGGUUCCCACACGCGGAAACUACUUCUCCGUCCUCGUAUCGUUCAGGAAAAAUCCCAAGCCCUGUAACGUAAUGCUCCUGCCGCUGUCAGAGAGCCCCAUCUACACGCUACGAAACUACGGCCGGCGAGGGAACUGUAGCGCCGCCUUCAUCUACCCCAUGAACUUUCGUAUCCUAGCCACCAGCAUCGGCUCGCAGUCGUUCUCUGGAUCCGGAAACGUCGAGUUCGAGACAGGCCUCAUCACAAAGUGCAGGAAACGCGGCGUGCGAGAUUACGCUGAAUUCAUGGGCGGAACCGGCCUGGGCAUCGACGGAAUGACGGUCAUACAGGAUGUCUGCGGCCUUGACUCGCUUCCAAGCAAGAAAGCCAUUGGGAUUCCAUGCGGAACGACCGCCGUGCGCCUGGUGUCCACUGGAAGAUUCGAGGACUCCAUAACUUUUGGCUACGAGCCCAUCAUCGAGAGAGAACGCGUGCGACUGUGCGCCAAGGCCCUAAUGACAGUGUGACGCUACAGACUAUCGACAGAAUGAAGAUGGACCGCUAUUUGAGAUGGACUCUCCACGUGAUCGAUCCGCAUUUGCAACUGUUCCAGGGCGAAAACAGAGGGGGAAAAAAAGAGAGAAAGAAUCGAAUGCCUGCGACACCGGACUAAACGGUGCCUCGACACUAUUCUCGCUUACGUUACUUAGGCUCCCGCUGUAUGACCACGUUUGUUGAUUGGGAAUGUAAAUAAUUCAAUUUUUCUUCGGGGUGUUCGUUUGCUUCCUUUCAGCUUCACAAGGUACAGCGGUUUGCAACAGUCAUUUGCUGCCGGACGCACGUGUACCGUUCGCACGGCCCACAGCGGACUGUUCAAUUUGUUCGCUUCGAGCUCUGAUAUCGCUCUAGAAAAAUUUUGUGACUUUUGUUCAUUCUUUGUGCUUCGUGCAUGCUAAAGCCGCUUCGAUGAUCAUGUCGUACCUUUUCAACGUCUCAUAAAUCUAUCACUUGUUAACUGACGAACACCGAAUGAUAACAUGCUUCCCGUUAGCAAUUCCUUGUUGUUUUUCUGAACCCUUAUUUUCUAUGAACGAGUCUCGAAGCUGGAAGUAAUUUAAAGACCCUUCUACUGUUUCUUCACUAUUACAUGUGGUACAGAAUCACUGUACUCAUUUGCGCUUUGCAGUGAUUUCGAACGCUCAAUUUGUUGCUGUUGAAAGUGCUGGUGUAUUAUUUCAUCCUACACACAAUGUGCUGUGGAAAAUCCUUCAGCGCCUCAAAGAACUCGAAAUCUAAUAUCAGAGCAUAUUUUGCAUGCAUGCUUUCACUAUAGACAUUGAUGUAUUGCAUUUGUCUUUUGUGUCAAUAUUUUGUAUUAUAGGUUUUGUGUGUAUUCCCAAAAAGCUCGCGUAGUAAUGCAAACUGAACAUACCUGUACGUUUGUGACAGAAUAUGUCAUAUCUCCAUAGCAGUUCCGGAGGGCUUCAGCUUUAUACAACCAAUUUCUGCAAACAUGCUCAUUGUGCAUAAAAUCUUUUCGACAGCUCAAAUGUACAAUGAAGGGAAUAGUUCAAAACGUUUUCUCUAUCAAAACGUGCUUUUAACGCAAACGAAGCAACGGGGACAAACCAAACGCUGAUAUUUUAUGAUCGCUGUUUGACUGCGUCAUCAACUGCGUCAUCAAUUAUGUGUUUGGCUAUUUUAAAUAAGCAUGAGAUGAACGCAGUGACAAAGACGCCUCCGGUGUCUUCCUCUGCUGUCGAAGUCACGCUGAUGGAUUAACUUGCCUGUCCACUACUCUAUGAGUCCUUGGCGUAAUUAGUGAGAGAGCGAGUCCCUGGAGAGGAAUGAAAGUAUGUAUUUCAAAUCGAUGAACCUGCUACCUUGCGCUUGUAAGUGUUGUUUGUCGAGUUGCUCUUUUGUUCGUACUGUCAUUAGUCGUUAUAACUUGCUGUUUGUUGCGGACAGCGUCUGCAAAGUUGCUUUCCCACUUUACACCACCCACUCAUUCCCACUGUGCAGCUAAGGCUACACAGUGCUUUACUUCGUUACAUUGCGAGCGUGAGCACUGAGGUGGAACACCGUAAGAUAAAUAACCGUUAGGCUGACAAAGAAAAACACCUUUCAUUACGAAAGUAAGAAAACAAAAGCGUAAACGAGAUUUUUUCCCCGCUGGAUGCAGUCGCCGAAACUAACUGGCACCCAAAUACAGGCGGAAGAGGACAAUAUCUUUAGUUGGUGUCUAACUAUGGGUACGAGUAAUGAACUCCCCGAGCGUUAAGUACGACAAUCAUCGCCGGGGUUCCUCGUUCUGAACUGCAAUCACGCGUCCAGAAAUUAUUUGUCCUGAGAGGACCCACACAUAAUUUCCUGCGUAGCAUUGUUCCUUGUUCACUUGCUUCUUUUUUUAAUGCUCGACAAGGCUUAGGGAAUGGAGUUAUGUGUCGCACAGCAAGUGCGGUGAUCCGAGGUUCCGUCAGGCCUGUCGUGAUUCUCUGGUGAGGGCACAUCGUCCUUGUUGCUCUUUAUGUACUCUAGCGGAACAGUCGUGCAACAUUCUCCGAGUAGUCUGCUGCUUUAAAAAGUCCGCUGUGGUAUUCACUGAAAGCGCCAUUAACGAUUUAUCGUAAAACUUGCUACGAUCCUUGUAGCUUUACUUAGUUAAUCUAGCUGAGAAGCUGGCGACACUAACUGAAUGAGAAGUGUGCCGCCCACAGAGCGAAAAACAACCUGCUCUUUUAUAUUUUUUACUCUCUCUUACAAUCAUAAGUACAGCAGCAUGUAAAGCGAGUUCAUUUAUGGAGCAUAGAAAUCGCAAAUCGAAAUCACGGAAAAAUAUGGCGAAUAUCAUAAGAAAUUUAUUGUCUAUGUGGAAUGAUAGCGUUCUGGUGUAACCAACUGCGCUCGGCGCUGGCACUGAGUUGUGCGAGGCUACACGUAAAAAUACUCUUGGCUAAACGAGCCAAAUCUUCGCUCCGGCAUUUCUAGUGGCCUCUGCCUGCCUUACGUCCUUUGGAAUUAUGACGGAGCGAGGCGACAAGCCGAAACUGCCGAAAUUUAUUAUGUCGAGAUCUCGCAAAUCCGUUUCGGCCAUUCAGACUUAUUGCUUCCCUUCACGUCAGCGCAGAGUUAUAAGCAAAGCACAGCCGACGGUGGUACAAACGCUGACGCCGAGAUUCGGCAGAGUCGCUUGACGCAACGAGAGCCAACACUGGUACAAAAAAUGCGUGCUCUUCUCUUAUCGGCCAGUGACGUCAGCGCUGAAGUAAACUAUAAUCAGGGAAUAUUUCCUAGAAUCUUCGCAUUUCGUUUCCUCCUUCGACUUUAUCCCUUGCACGGCUGCCGCUGCGGCGCAUCCAAGGUUUGGGAAGUUGGUAAACAAAGUUAUCGCUUUUGAAGCAAGCGACAUAAAGUGAGGAGUUCAUUGUUUCAGCGGUAGAAUGGUGAAACGAUGAAGUUUUUCUAUCGCCUUUUCAGUAAGUACCACGGCGCUUUCCUCUUUUCCCGAAGAGUGUACAGUGAAACGAAGCACUCAUUCGCGAGCACCUGCAUCAGUUCGAUCGACGCGGACGGGGUGGCCCGCGUUCAAACAGGGCGCGCUGCAGACAGAUCGCAGCCAAGGAUGUGAACGCUGUGUAUACAUACUAUAAAUACCUGUACAAGUCACGUGUUGUAAGUGAGGUUUGCCUUCUUCUUUUUUUCAAAUAUGGAAAAACUAAAGUGUUGACGGGAGAUACGGACACGAACUACCUUGUUCUUGUUGUGUGCCCUCCCCCCUUGCCCUUAUAUCAUGUACAGCAAGUGCGCACAGCGCGCCAAUGGUGGAAGUUGUUGUCUCAAUCCCGUGUGACUAUAGUUGUUCAGAGGACGAAAACAAAAGAACAAAUGUACGAAUAAAGGUUUUCCUAAACCAUGC